AUGCUGUUGCCUUCCCUCUCUCCGAUUCUCUUACUCGCGAGUAGCACCUUCGCUGCACAAUUAACACAAGUGUCCAACUAUGGCGGCAACGCGAGAUCAAAACCAGGAAUGUGGGUAUACGUGCCCGACCAGGUCAAAAGCGACGCUCUAGUCGUGGCAAUUCAUUCCUGCCAGUCCAGCGCUCAAAAGUACUUCCAGAACAGCAAGAUACCAUGGAAGCAAGGCUCAGAUGCCAAAGGCUACAUCACCGUCUGGCCCAGCUCCACGACAGAGUGCUGGGACGUUUCCAGUAAAUCCUCGCUAUCCCAUAACGGCGGUGGAGACUCCAAUGCUAUUGCAAACAUGAUCCUGUAUGCCAUCGACAAAUAUAAAAUCGACCCGAAAAAGGUCUUCGUUACCGGAGGAUCUUCUGGCGCGAUGAUGUCGAAUGUACUGGCAGCCACUUAUCCCGAGUUGAUCACUGCGGUGUCGCUGUACUCUGGUGUUCCCGCUGGUUGCUUUGUGUCCUCUUCGGGGGCUUCUGCAGCUUGGAACAAUACCUGCUCCGGUGGACAAAGCAUCUCAACAGCGCAGCACUGGGGUGAUGUGGUACGGGGAAUGUACCCAGGGUACAAUGGUACACGCCCACGCAUGCGCCCGCACAUCGCAACAGAAUUUUGGCACGGCUCAACAGAUUCGACGCUUUCGCCCAAGAAUUACGAAGAGACGUUGAAGCAAUGGACCAAUGUGUUUGGCGUCAGUACGACACCGACUAGCUCCAAGAAGGAUACUCCGGAGAAGAAUUAUCGUACCGAUGAUUUUGGUCCGAAUGUUCAAGGCAUCUGGGCCCAGGGUGUUGGACAUUCCGUGCCAUCGCAUUUAUCGGUUUCGGAGGCCUGGUUCGGAUUUUAA